AAAACUACCAGCCAAAUUGCACCGGGACUCAAGAAAAUAAGGCCGCCUUCACAUUGAACAGUAACUGCCAAAAAAAGAGAGAGAAAGAUCCAAGUCAUCCAACUCUAAUGGUGGUUAAGGCAAUUCUACCAAUACUCUGAAACCUCAGAAGCAGUCUUUGUGAUUAUGCUAUGGAAGCCCUCAAUGCAGUAGGAUUGACACCCCUAUCUGUUCUUUCUGAAAGAAGAACAGAACCCAGAAAAAUCUCAUCACUCCCAACCUCUUCUCCUAUCAAAUUCCCACUUUCUGUCAAUUUUAGCCACAACCCACAAAAAAUCUCAAAGAAUUUCAGCAGAAAUCUUCAUGGGGGUCUAUUGCUGUUGUCUUCAGUUCUUAGUUCUGGGUUUGCUCGGGCUUUGACAUACGAGGAAGCACUUCAACAAUCAGCAAGCUCAUCCCCUUCUGUGGAAUCUUCUGAGUUUGACUUUGGUGGGUUUAUUGAUAGUAUCAUUAAUUUUGGAGUAGAGAACCCUCUAGUUAUAGCAGGUGGGGUUGCCCUUUUAGGGGUGCCCCUAGUUUUGUCUCAGGUCUUCAGUAGCCCUAAGCCAUGGGGAGUUGAGUCUCCAAAAAAUGCUUAUACAAAAUUGGGUGAUGAUUCCACCUGUCAGUUGGUUGAUAUAAGGCCACCGGUUGAGGUGAGGCAAGUGGGCAGUCCAGAUAUCCGGGGUUUAAAGAAGAGGCCGGUGGGGGUUGCGUAUCGAGGGGAGGAUAAGGUAGGGUUCUUGAAGAAGCUUUCUUUGAAGUUCAAGGAACCAGAAAAAACCACAUUGUUCAUUCUAGACAAAUUCGAUGGGAACUCUGAACUGGUUGCAGAGCUCGUCACCUCUAAUGGAUUCAAAGCUGCUUAUGCCAUAAAAGAUGGCGCAGAAGGGCCCCGCGGAUGGAUGAAUAGUGGUCUUCCUUGGAUACUACCACAGAAAACAUUGAGUCUUGAUUUGAGCAAUUUGACAGAUGCAAUUGGAGGUGCAAUCGGAGAGGGCUCUGAUGCAUUAUCUCUUACCCUUGGGAUUGCUGCUGCUACGGGAUUAGGUUUAUUGGCAUUUUCAGAGGUAGAAACAAUACUCCAACUUCUAGGCUCAGUUGCACUUCUUCAAGUUAUCAGCAAGAAGCUCCUUUUCGCAGAGGACCGGAAGCAAACUUUGCAACAAGUUGAUGAGUUAUUGACAACCAAAGUUGCCCCCAAAGAACUUGGAGAUGAUAUAAAGCAAAUUGGGAGGGCCCUUCUACCAGCCCUUAAUAUUAGCAAGGCUCUUCCGGGACCUGUGGAGGAGGCAAGCCCUACCCUCACUGAUGGGUCCUUACCGAAAGUAGAAGCAGCUGCUGAACCUGCUCCCAAAAUCAAUUCAGUCUCCAAGGAAGAAGUCAAAGCAGAAUCACUUCCUGGAAAUUCAAGACCACUCUCGCCAUACCCAUUUGUAAUUCUCGUUUUCACCCUCAUAGUAGCCUUUAUAUGCUGUUUUUGGUACCCUUAUCAUGGAUUUAUGGUUCAAGGGACAGAAAAAUGGCAGGGAAUCCAAAGAGUUCGCUUUGUUAUCUUCUUGCCUUUCCUCAGAAUCUUUCGCCAUGGUCUUUCUUUCUUUUGUGGGAAAAAUGAAUUCCUGCAGAGUUUUUUAUACAUUAAAUACAUCGAGAAUUUCUAUUUUGAUCUUAUGUUUCCAAUGCUUUUUCUUUCGCUCUUCAUUAAUCUCUCUCCAUACCCUUUCUUUCUUUCUUUUUCUGUUUUUCUUUGGAAAAUGCUGUUCUGCAGAGUUCUUAUGUAGCAAGUACAAUGAGAAUGAUGUGGCCGUGGCAUUUUCUAAACAAUGGGCUGUCUUGGUGGGUCUUUUGGUCUCAAAUAGCAAACGUUAAAACUCACAUCUGCCGUAUCAGUUUGUAUAGUUCCUGUAUAAUUUUCCUGUGAUUAUACAGUUCUUCUAUUUUUUGGGGGUAGUAGUGUCGAGUAACUGUUUUUUCUCUCUCUUACCUCUUUGGUUGCAGUAUCCAGAUUUGAAGCCUCCAACAUCUCCCACCCCCACGCAGCCAUAGAGAUGCAACUUGAAAUUGAAGUCUCAGGUACCAUGAGUUGUAAUGUAUGCUCCUCCUCAGUAUAAUUUUUUGGCUUACGAGUUCAAAUAGUUCCUAGUUUGCCACAAUCUUAUUUUUUUUGUAUUUCUUGUGCUACUCAUUCUAGUAUGUUUCUUAUGUAAAGGUGGUUGUUCUACUGGCUCAACUUUUAGUAUUAAUAGAAAUACUUCCAGGGUUAUGUGGGGUGUAAUAUACAAUAAAAGAGAAAAUUUUGCGACAUGUUAAUCAUGAAGUACCCUCAGUUGAACUCA